AAAGGACGGAGCCGAUCUGUACCAUCUUCUGGAAUGUCUGCCAAGGAGCUCUGUGAAAGCGAUGACCUAGCAACCAGUUUGGUUCUUGAUCCCUAUCUAGGUUUUCAGACACACAAAAUGAACCCUAGCGCCUUUCCUUCGAGGAGCUCAAGGCAUUUUUCAAAAUCUGACAGUUUUUCUCACAACAACCCUGUGAGAUUUCGGCCUAUUAAAGGAAGACAAGAAGAACUAAAGGAAGUAAUUGAACGUUUCAAGAAAGAUGAGCACUUGGAGAAAGCCUUCAAGUGUCUGACUUCAGGGGAAUGGGCACGGCACUAUUUUCUCAACAAGAACAAAACGCAGGAGAAAUUAUUCAAGGAACAUGUAUUUAUUUACUUGCGAAUGUUUGCAACUGACAGCGGAGUUGAAAUAUUGCCUUGUAAUAGAUACUCGUCGGAACAAAAUGGAGCCAAAAUAGUUGCAACGAAAGAGUGGAAACGAAAUGACAAAAUAGAAUUACUGGUGGGUUGUAUUGCCGAACUUUCAGAAACUGAGGAGAACAUGCUACUUAGACAUGGAGAAAACGACUUCAGUGUCAUGUAUUCCACACGGAAAAACUGUGCUCAGCUCUGGCUUGGUCCUGCUGCGUUUAUAAACCAUGAUUGCAGACCUAACUGUAAGUUUGUGUCAACUGGUCGAGACACAGCAUGUGUGAAGGCUCUAAGAGAUAUUGAACCUGGAGAAGAAAUUUCGUGUUAUUAUGGAGAUGGGUUUUUUGGAGAAAAUAAUGAGUUCUGCGAGUGUUACACUUGUGAAAGGUGUUGCACCGUCCCAGCCCUUGACUUUGGCUUCAGCCGGUUGGCUCAGUUUGGCUGGUGGAAUAUGGGCACAAGUGACAGCUGCCAGUUCUGUGUGUUUGCAGUUGCCGCCUUUAUACCUCUGCCAUUGCCAUCAGAUAAACGCGGUAGUCUACCAGUCGGAUGA